CACAACAGUUUCUUCAUGGCGUCCCUUCAACAGUCAAGAAUUCAGUCAUAUCUGGAGACAAAUAGAAUCGGACCUUUGUUUGAGGAGUUGAUGACCAAAUUGAUAACUGAGACUCCCGACCAUCCAAUCCCUUUUCUCAUUGAUCACCUGCAGACCAAGCAAGGCAGCCCAGGCAAGCUGCACAGAGCUCUCUCUGGCUCCGCAGCACUGUGGGCGCAGAGCUCCCCAGAAAGCAAAAACCCUCGAAGGGAGAACAGCAACUAUGAGAAGUCGUGGCAAAUUCACCCAAAGAAACCCAAAAAGUCCAAGAGUGACCUGGCUGUUUCAAGUAUCUCUCCUCCCUCACCAGAAUCCAAGUCUUUGCCGCGGUCGAUGGAGUGCCCGUCCUGGGACUGGAGGGAGAGCCGUGACUUUGACGAGCUCAGCCACAUCCUGCAGGAGAGCAAGAAGCUGGGCAAGGCCCUGGAGAGCCUGUCACGCAGCAUCGCCGUCUCCGAUGAGCUCGACCAGAACUUGGGGGGCUAUAACUCGGCGGUGCGCCCCCGGGUGGUGGGGGAGUGGCUUGGACGGGAAGAAGAGGACUUGGACCCACUGGCCUCUGAGAUGCUGCACCCCCCCGUCCCUCGGGCCAAAACCGAAGUGUGCUGGAGUGGAGACAGCAGCCCUGCUGGCAGCCUGAAGAUGGAAACAAAGAGCAAAGGGCUGAAGGAGCAGCAGCAGCACCACAAGAAGCUCUUGGCUGCCAUGUUGUCCCAGGACUCCUUCGACUCGGUCCAUAGCCCCGCCCCCUCGGUCGCAGAGCAAGAGAUGGAGGACGAAGACGAUGCCAUGGAGCUACUGGAGGACUUGGAUGACCUGCGGAUGGAGGGUGUGACGGGCUUGGCUCCAUCCGGCAGUAAGUUCAGCCAGGGACGCAGCUCCUAUCAGCCUGAACCCCAGGCCAAAGUUACUCUCAACAUCUGCUCUCAGUGUGCCAGGUUGCAGGGCGACAGUCUAUCAGAUGGCAGAUCUGAAGAGGAGCACCGGUCUCGUAUAUCUGAGCAAGCCGUACCUGACAUCUCAUCUCCAUUGCCCGGGGUGGACACUGUGGCGGGACGGUUGCAGGAAUGCGAGGCCUUGUCUCAAGUGUCAGGCUCUAGCAAGCGAAGAAAGCACCUCUAG